UGAUUGCCGCCGGCAAUAGAUUAACAAACAGAAAAUCUUUUUGUUUACUGUUGAAAUGCCACCAAAAUCGAGCAACAAAAAGAACCAAGCAACUUGGUAUUACUGUGAAGCAUGUGGCGUGCACAUCACCUCCAAAUCUCGAGACACACACGAGCGCAUCUGCCCCAUUGCCCCCGAAGCAGAUGUGAGCAGCACAGAAUUAAAUGCGGAAUUUGUGAGAAAUAAAACGCUUUACACAAGCAGCCUACAAAAGCGCACUUUUGAGGUGGAUGCACUAAAGGAUCUGCCAGAGAAAUAUGUCAACAUGCUCGUAUUUAUAUCAGAGGGCGCCAUGCAACUAGCUCAGUUGCACAUUGGACAACAGGUGGUUAUUAGAGAGGCAGCAAAAGCUGUUGAUGAAAUGGAGGCGCCUCUGAUUCGCAUUGUUUGGGCAAUUCCGGAGCAGUUUCUUACAACGAUCUUUGCCACAGAUGAGGAUUACGAAUUGAAUUGGUUGCCGUUGCAUGGCAAAUUGCUGCACAUUUCCGCACUGGAUAAAGGACAAGUUUCUGCCGCUGGUAGCAUCAGAUUGAGGCAGCUAAAUGGCACUGAAUCCAGAUUGGAAAACGUACAACUCAUGGAUGCUAUUGCUGUGCUCAAGUCACAGAUGAUCAAUCAAGUUUACUGCAUGCAAAGCGUUCUACAUUUAAAUUUCUUUUGUAAAUCGCUUGUCUUCCGCAUGGACAGCUGGCAAGCCAUUGAAGAGAGCUCCAUGGAGAAUGCGCUAUCCCGACUGAGUCUAGAUAAAUCCCCGCAAUUUGUGCUGGUCACAAAUGCCACGCGCUUAGAGCUGAGUCUCGGGGAAGAGAAGCAAGAGCAAUUGCCGGCGGAACAACGCACAACAAAAGCCAAAAUUGGUGGCUUGGAUAAGCAGCUCUCAUUGGUGGAGGAGAGCAUGGAAUACGCACUGGGCUACAAGCCAUUGCCAGCGGGCAUCAAAAUUUCACGUGGAUUGCUGCUUUAUGGCGCCAGUGGCUGUGGCAAAUCCCUCAUCUGUGAGGCAAUGUGCACCGCUGCCAAACAACACGAUGGUCAGGUGCAAAUAAUGCGGAUUAGUAGCGGUGAUGUCUUCAGCAAGUUUCUGGGCGAAACGGAGCAAAAAUUGAGAUCGCAUUUUGAGCGCGCCUAUGCUCAUUAUCCGCAUCCCACACUCCUGCUGCUGGAGGAUGUGCACACGCUGUGUCCCAAGCAGGAAGGGGGCAGUGAUCUGGUGAAGCGUGUUUCACUCGCCUUGCUCGCGCUGCUCGAUCAACUGAGCAGCGGGCACCGUCUCGAAGCGGAUCGCAUUUUUGUGCUGGCGACCACUUCACAAAUCGAGGCACUGCAUUCGAGCAUAAGACGCGCGGGUCGCCUCGACACCGAACUGGAAGUGGGUGCACCAGCGCCAACUGCCCGUAAAGAGAUACUCCGCUGCCUCCUGCAAGAACAGCUCGGGGAUGCGGAACUGGAGCAAAUAGCGGCCAUAACACAUGGCUAUGUUGGCGCCGAUUUGGCCAGUUUGGUGUAUACAGCAACGCUGGCAACGCUGCGCGAGAAACAGCAUCCGCUGCAGUUGCAGGAUUUGCUGGCUGCGCUGACAAAAGUGAAGCCUUCGGCUAUGCGCGAAGUACUCAUCGAAAAUCCCAAUGUGCUCUGGUCGGAUAUUGGUGGCCAAUCCGCACUACGUUUGACCCUUCAACAGGCCAUCGAAUGGCCACUGCUCCAUGCGGAUAAAUUCGAGCGUUUGGGCAUUAAACCACCACGUGGCGUACUCAUGUUUGGUCCACCCGGUUGCUCCAAAACAAUGAUUGCCAAGGCCCUGGCCACCGAGAGCAAGCUGAACUUUUUGGCCAUCAAGGGACCAGAGCUCUUCUCCAUGUGGGUGGGCGAAUCGGAGCGUGCUGUGCGCGAAGUAUUCCGCAAGGCACGUCAAGUGGCGCCCGCCAUCAUCUUCUUUGAUGAGAUCGAUGCCAUUGGCGGCGAGCGCUCGGAGGGUGGAGCUGGUGCCUCUGUCAAGGAACGUGUGCUCACCCAGCUACUCACCGAACUGGAUGGCGUUGAGGCGUUGCAUAAUGUGACCAUUGUCGCCGCCACCAAUCGUCCGGAUAUGAUUGAUAAAGCUCUGCUGCGUCCGGGUCGCAUCGAUCGUGUUUGCUAUGUGGGUUUGCCCGAGGCGGAGGCUCGUCGUGAAAUCCUCGGGAUUAAGUUGCGUGCCAUGCCCCUGGCUGAGGAUGUCCUUGUGGAGCGGCUUGUGGAGCGCACCGAUGGCUAUUCGGGUGCCGAGAUUCAGGCCGUUUGCCAUGAGGCAGCGAUCUGUGCGCUGGAGCACAGCUUCGAAGCGGACGUCGUCCACUGGGCGCACUUUGAGACGGCUUUGGAGAGGGUGCCCCCUCGCACAAGUCCCGACCUGCUGCGACUCUAUCAGGAUUACCUCAAAAAGUAAAUAAUUUGUAUUAUAUACAAAUAGUUGUUCCCAUAAGCAAGUUCUUUGAAAUGUUAUCAAGUGACUUUUAUAAAUUGUUUUUUAUUAAAAUGAUUGCAUAACAAUUUCAAAUAUCUAUGGAGACUGAAAAAAU